AUGUCGUUCAGGAAGAAGAACGUCGUUCUUGGCUCAUCCGCUAGAGGCCCGGCAAGAGAACCGACUACCCCCAAACAGGAAGUACUGCCUCCGGCGGGAGUCCGAUCGUCGCCUCUCGAUGGCCGACCUACGACAUCGACAGGGACAGCAUCUCUCGACCAACUUCUGGCAGGAUACGCAGGCCUGCCACUCGGGUCCAGUCUGCUUGUCGAGGAGUCCGGGACGACUGACUUUGCAGGUGUUCUUCUCAGAUAUUAUGCCGCAGAGGGUCUCGUACAGGGCCAUCAAGUACAUGUACUUGGACCGAGCGAGGCAUGGAAAGGCGAGCUUCCCGGUCUUGGGAAGGCUAGUGGCUCAAGAAGAAGCAAGCCAGUCUCGGGAUCGGGAGAGAAAAUGAAGAUUGCGUGGAGAUAUGAAGGCCUGGGGAAUGAUGCGGACCAAGAGGUGAACAGCGAUCCCAAGAAUACUUCUGAAGCCUUUUGCCACACAUUCGACCUCGGGAAGCGCUUGCAACCCAGUGAUGUCAAGGGCGAACUCCAUGCUACGCCGUCAAUGGCCGUCAUGGGCUGGGUACAACCCCAAGGAUCGGUUAGCUCGUCGCCUUUAGAUACUUUCAUUGCCAAUGUCUCAACGAAGCUGGAAGCGUCGCCGCCUGGGAUCAUCCAUCGGAUCUUGGUCCCCAGUCUUCUAUCGCCCGCGCUGUAUGGCUCGUCAGUUUGCCGGCCGGCAGAUGCACUUCAGUUCUUGCACAAGUUGCGAGCGCUAUUGCGCCAGCAUUGCGGAAGGCUAACUGCCAUAAUAUCGCUUUCGACGUCCCUGUUUCCACGGUCCACUGGCUUCACGAGAUGGAUGGAGCUCCUGUGCGACGGAACGUUCGAAAUGCUCCCUUUGCCACGGAAGGUACACAUGCAGCCGAAUACCAAGUCGGAAGAUGUGGUGCAGGGCAUGUUGAAGGUACACAGCCUUCCGGUCUAUAACGAGAGAGGGGGAGGCUUGGAAGGACACUCGUCUCGGGAAAAUCUGUCGUUCAGGUUGAGUAGCUCGAGCGGCCUCAUCUUCAAGCCAUUUGUAUUGCCUCCAUUGCUUGGUGAAGAGGAAGAUAAGGGGGCGAAGGAUGAGAGAAAGAGGGGAGAGAAACUGGACUUUUGA